AUGAAAUUGAGUGGCAUUUCUGCUACUGAACUGGAAGGACUGGAACUGGUAGCUCAUGUUUCACUGGUUGUCACUUCUUCUAAUAUAGAUAGUGAGACUGCAGAGGUUAAGACAGUUGAUGCUACAAACAUUGAGGUCUUUGAGUCACCGGUUAACACUGCUGACUCUCAGAACAUUGAAAUACCGAAUGAAGCUAAGAAUCCUGAGACUGAGAAACCAACAAAUGUAGAGGGUACAGCUCCCCGGUCAGCAAAGAUCUUAUGGGAAAGACUAAAAAAGAUCUAUGGAAAUGAUCCUACUACUGCUGGGUCAAGUUGUGAAGACAAGAAGAACAAUGGUGCAAACUCAUGUGUGGGUAUUGAAGGAAGAUUAGAUAGUUGCAAACAUGAUGAUGAAGAGGAGACUCAUCUCUUCAUGGAACAAGAAACAAAAAGUGAAGAGAACACAUCAAAUUGUGACAAGGCAGGCAGAUCCUACUGGCAAGAUGUGCUUGGCAGUGAUGAAGAAGAUGAAGAAGAAGGUGAAGCUCAUGUUAAUCUUGAAGGUGAGUUCCUAAGUGCUCUUGAUGAAUUGAGAACUAUUAGAAAUGAAUUUAAGAGUUAUAAAGAAUCAGUUCAUAAAGAAUGUAGUCAGUUGAGAACAUGCCUUGAAGAGUCAAACAAAAAUGUUUGCAUGCUGACUUUUCGACUUGAAGAAUCCAAAGGGAUGACUGAUAGAUUGAAAUCAGUCCUUGAUGCUAAUAAAAGAAGAUGUGAGGUGUUGCAGCUAGAUGUGGAGACAAAAGAUGAAGAGUGUCAGAAGCUGAAAGAGGAAAUGGAAAAUCUAAGGAAAGACCUUGAGAAGUGUGAGAAUGAACUCAAGGUUAGAAACUGUGAUGUUGAAGAAGAAGAAGAAGACAUGGAAAAUAGAUCUAACCAUCAAGAUCUAUUUGGGAGUGAAAGAGAAGAAGAGGAUGAAGCAAAAGUUGAUCUUGAAGGAGACUUUGUAAAUUCACUUGAAGAGCUUAGUAGAGUUAGAAGGGAAUACAAGCUAUUCAAGAAUACUACCAUAGUAGAGAAAAACUGGCUGACAAGAUGGCUUGAAGAAUUUGAGAAAAGGCUCUCAGAGUUGAAGCCUCAAGCAGAAGAAACCAAAGAAUGUUGGUGUGAAGAUCUAGCAUCAAGGCUAGAAGUAAAAAAUGUAGAAUAUUUGUAG